CUGCGGGGCGCGGCACGUCGCCGCGCGGCUGGGACCGCCGGCCAGCGUGCUCGCGGCGAUCGUGUUCGUCCUCUACGCUCACAUCUGCUUUAUCAGCGCCACCUGCAGCUGUGCGUACAGCGUCGUCAUCUUCUCCUACCUGUUCUUCGAGAGCGAGACGUUCCUGCAGCUGCUGACAGACGGCACACAGUGGCUGCGCCUCGACUACCUCGAAGGCCUCGAGAAGUACUACUGCGCGGCGGCCGUGCGAGUCGCGCUCAUCGUCAUCGCCGCCGUGCUGUUCGUCGCGAUGCUGCUGCAGCGUAACGUCGGGCUCGCGUUCCUCUGUGUGACGACGAACGUCUACAUCAGCUACCGCGACCUGCUGCACAACGUCUACCGCGGCCUGCAGGAGGAGAUGUGCAAGCUGGCGCGCUUCCGUAAGGCGACGCAGCACGAGCUCGCGACGCUCGAGGACGUGUGCGCCGUGUGCCUGCUGCCGAUGCGGUCGGCGCGCGUCACGCCCUGCAAGCACAUCUUCCACGGCGGCUGCCUGCUGCCCUGCCUCAAGCAGAAGCGCACGUGUCCGCUGUGCAACCAGCAGAUCUGCUGACCGUCGUAUAACAGCUGUACAACCAGCAGAUCUGCUGACCGGC